UAACCGUCAUAUAUAAUGAUGGUGUCAGUGAGGUUCAUCAGCGGCUUCGUGUUCGGCGCUGGUUCCGGUGUCGCGGCUCUCAAACUAUAUCAGUAUGAAGAAGAGAAAACACACACAGGAAGCUCCGCCCAUCGCCUGAUCGAGCGCUUCGGUCUUCCGCAAACCGGCGCCGAGACCCGGUUCUACAUCAACCACGUGUUAUCCUACGAUCAGAGCCGGCGGACGCCCAGAUGGGUGGCAGAACAUCUGUCGGGUCAAAGGUUACUGGGUCAAGCCGACAGAAAACACUGCAAAUUUAAACCGGAUCCCGAGAUUCCCGAGGCCUUCACGGCCCGGAACGAGGAUUACCUGAGGAGCGGCUGGUCUCGCGGACACAUGGCUCCGGCCGGAGACAACAAGAUCUCUGAGCAAGCGAUGGCAGAGACUUUCUAUCUGUCCAACAUCGUCCCACAGAACUACGAGAACAACGCAGGCUUCUGGAACAGGUUGGAGAUGUACUGUCGAGAUCUGACUCAGAGGUUCAGUGACGUGUGGCUGGUGUCUGGACCGCUGAUGCUGCCGCAGGUGCGCGAGGACGGACACAAGAGCGUCUCCUAUCAGCUGAUUGGGAAAGACGACGUUGCGGUUCCCACACACCUCUUCAAGAUCGUCCUCGCGCAGAAGGACUUGUCUCCGGACUCUCUGGCUCUCGGGGCGUUCGUGGUCCCGAACUCUCCGAUCGGGUUCGAGCGCCCCCUCACAGACUUCCAGGUGAGCCUGACGGACUUACAGCGCAUGUCCGGCCUGAGCUUCUUCCCCGCGCUGGAGCGGCUCGAGGAGCCGAGGAACCUGUGUGAGGUGGACUCGUGUCGGCUGAUGGACUUCACGCAGUUCUCGCUCUACAUCAGCGGGCGGAAGGUCACGAGCGCCAGGACUCUCUCUCGCCUGGAGAAGAUCAUGGCGGAGCUCACACACGCAGGCAUCACACCCGACGAGCAUCUCCAGACCCUGUACCUGGAGAAGAGACGAGAGCUGGUGGAGAAGGAGCAGCGCGAGAACAAGCCUGAGCUCUGAGCCGUCC